AUGGCAUUAGUUAUAAAUUAUGGAAAUCCGGACCUUUUCAUCACUAUGACAUGCAACCCAUCAUGGAAAGAAAUUGUGGAAAAGUUAUUACCCGGUCAAACAGCACAAGACCGACCUGAUUUAAUCACUAGGAUAUUUCAUGCAAAAUUUGAAGAGUUCAAGAGUGAUGUUGUUGAUAAAGGCGUCCUUGGGAAUGUUGUGGUGUAUGUCUAUGUCGUUGAGUUUCAAAAAAGAGGUUUGCCACAUGUUCACAUGUUACUCAUUUUGGAUGAAAACGACAAACCAAGAUCGCCCGAAGAAUAUGACAAAAUCGUGAAAGCUGAAAUACCAGAUAGAGAUGAGGAGCCACGAUUGUAUAGUGCUGUUCUCAAACACAUGAUCCAUAACCCAUGCGGUGUUGGACACCGAAAUUCAUCUUGCAUGGAAAAUGGAGUUUGUAAGCGAAAAUUCCCAAAACCAUUUUCUGCAAGCACUAUUCAAGGUGAUAACUCCUACCCUGUUUACCGUUGUCGCAGUGAUCGUGCUGCUGUGCCUUUGCAUGAGAAUAGCUCAACCUAUGUUGAUAAUAGUUGGGUUGUUCCCUAUAAUCCAUGGUUACUACUAAAGUAUGAUUGUCAUAUAAAUGUUGAGAUUUGUAGCAGCAUCAAGAGUGUUAAAUAUCUGUACAAAUAUGUGCACAAGGGUGUUGAUCGUGUUUCCAUGGAAGUACGAGCAGGAGCAGAUAACAAUGAGAUUCAACAAUUUGUGGAUUCUAGGUGA